CCUACCAGACACAGUGGACGUCGUCAUGGUGACCAUGCGGUCUGCGUCAUCUCUACGUCACUACGUUAGCGCUGUGGGAGGAGUCUCAUGAGCAAAACCCCACCCGACCUACACUCGACGGUCGCGUUGUCGGACAAAAACCUGCUUGAAAUUCUGGUUUUUCCUCGUGAGUGUAUCGCGCUGUAAAAGCAGGGCGGAAGCGGAACUUAAAUCGGACAGAUCGUAUUUCCCACGUCUUCUCAGCCAUUUCCGUCGUCUUUUCUUUUUGGAUUUUUUUUUUCUGCGCACAUAAUGGAGCAAAUUGCCAAAGCAGCGCGUUUCUCUUCGGUGACGAUCAUUCUCAUUCCCAGAAAAACAUCCCAUCAUCGACCAGACUCAGCUGAUUGAAGUACCAGAAGGAUGUAAUUUGACUCUACAGUGUAAAACUGAUCCAGAGAUCAACCUAACAAACUUCACCUUGGACUGGAGGAGAAUGGACAUCCCACAUGUCUCAGACCUCUUUGUCUACUCCCGUCGACGUGGGACAGAUCAUCCUGUGGGACAGAUGCAGCGAUACAAGAACAGAGCAGAGCUGAUUAAAGAGGACCUGACCAGAGGACGGAUGACUCUACUGAUCCCCACAGUCCAGCAGUCUGACUCAGGACACUUCAGAUGCUUCAUCCCAAAGCUGAGCGUCAGCUUUGUUUUCAACAUUAACGUGACAAAGAGACAGGAUGUCGCCAUGACGACGCCUCCAGGAUACAGAGUCAUGAACCCCACUGUGUCUGGUCCUGUAGAGAAGAGAAACCACUGGAUCAUUCUUGGUGUCUGUAUUUGUUUCCUCCUUGUUCUUGGUUUCAUCGUUGGAGUCCUGGUGACGAACAGAGGGAUUAGGAUUUGCAAGAAGAGCAGAUGAAGAAAUGGAAAGGAGAAGAUGAAGGAGACAAAGACGAGGACGUCACCACACACUCAAAGAAAUAACUGACCCCAAAACCUUGACUUUAAGUAUUUUAAUUACAUUAAGUUGGGGGUCUGCAACCCGCGGCUCUUUAGCGCCACCCUAGUGGCUCCCUGAAGCUUUUUCAAAAAUGUUUGAAAAUUGAAAAAGAUGGGGGAGAGAAAUAUAUUUUUUGUUUUCAUAUGGUUUCUGUAGGAAAACAAACAUGACACAAACAUUAUUAACGUUUUUCAAUACUGUAAAAAUGUGUAGAAUAAAUAUUAAAUUUCAACAUUUCUGUCAACGAAGAUUUACGUCAUAGCCUGCGACACACGUUUCUAUCAGUAAGGCGGGAUGCCAGGCAGGUGGCUGUUGUAAAUAAACCGGCGGCUGUGUGAUGGGCCAUGGAUCCCAAAGGGACAAAGAGAAAAAUAACUGAGGAGAACAGAGGAUUCAACGUUUCUUGGACCGAAUCAUUUGCAUUCAUUGCUAAUGCUGAAGGAUUGCCUGAAUGUUUGUUCUGUAGCGAGAAGUUGUCAAAUAACAAAAAGAGCAAUGUGGAAAGACAUUUUCAGGGAAGGCAUGCUACAUUUGCAGCCAAGUACCCAGUUGGGAGUGAGAGAAAAAGUGCGAUUGCAUUACUUCUGGAGAAAUUAGAGGAGCGCAAAAAUAAGAUUUAAGAAGUGGAUUGCAUCUCCAAACUCUACUACUGCUGCAAGUUUUGUUGCAACCCGGGAGAUAAUAAAACGUGGCAAACCGUUCACAGAUGGUGACUACAUCUUCUUUAUUGCAUUUCUUUAAUUUCAUCAAAGCAAUGAAACAUAAUUCAUUAAUAUUGUAAUGAAGUUAAACUUGAGGCGGCAUCGCACAACAGAGUAGUGACAUGGUGCGUCAUUCUCUACACGAUGCACUGCAGGAAAAAUAAACAUUUAAUCAUGAAGGCUCAUUAUGUAUUUGUAGUUAACUUAGUCAUUUCGAUAGUAGGCUAAUAUAGCUACUAUAGAUACAUACAGCAUGUGUUGCCUUCAAUAUAAGGCUUCUAUAAGGCUUUUAUUUUUUUGCGGCUCCAGACAUAUUUGUUUUUUGUUUUUUUGGUCCAAUAUGGCUCUUUCAACAUUUUGGGUGGCCGACCCCUGCAUUAUGUUUUUCCAUGUUAUUUUAUUAGGCAAGUUCAAUGUGAUGGUCCUAUUAAAAACAAUGUGUUUCUACCAUGCUCAGUGGGAAUGAGUUAAAUAAAGUUAAUGCAAACGUA